AGGCUACUUCUUGGCCCUCACUUUCUCUCACUUUCCGAGCAAGAAAAAAAAAAAAAAAAAAAAAAUCAAAGAAAAAGAAAACAGAAUCAAAUGCAAAAAUCUCCACUUCUCUCUCUACAUUAACAUACACAUUUAUACAAUUAGAAUGGCUUCUGUUACUUCAGUGGCGUUUACAGCAAUCGGUCAAUCGUCCUGUGAGAGGAAGGUCAAUGUUCCGUCGAUACGCUAUUUAGCUUCGAAUUUCGAAGGUUUUCGUUUCCGUACGAGUGUAUUAUGUCACUCUACCGGUGUUAGAGCUUCAAAUUCAGCUUCUCAUAUGGUUAUUCAAUGCAUGUCUGCUGCUACUGAUCUGCCAACUGUGUCUGAGACAAAGUUGAAUUUUCUAAAGGCAUAUAAGAAACCAAUACCCAGCAUCUACAACGCAGUUCUACAGGAACUGAUUGUCCAACAACAUUUGAUGAGGUACAAAAGGACAUACCGUUAUGAUGCUGUGUUUGCCCUUGGUUUUGUUACUGUUUAUGAUCGACUCAUGGAAGGAUACCCAAGUGAUGAGGAUCGAGAAAUCAUCUUCCAGGCAUAUAUAAAGGCGCUGAAUGAGGACCCAGAGCAAUACAGAACUGAUGCACAAAAAUUGGAGGAAUGGGCCCGGGCUCAGAAUGCCAGUUCAUUAAUUGAGUUCUCCUCCAGAGAAGGAGAAGUAGAGGGUAUAUUAAAGGACAUUGCAGAAAGGGCAAGUAAUGGGAGUUUCAGCUAUAGCCGUUUCUUUGCCAUUGGUAUGUUUCGCCUUCUUGAGCUGGCAAAUGCAACUGAACCCACAGUACUGGAAAAGCUUUGCACAGCUUUAAACAUUAACAAAAGAAGUGUAGAUCGGGACCUUGAUGUGUAUCGCAAUUUGCUAUCCAAGCUGCUUCAAGCAAAAGAAUUGCUGAAGGAGUAUGUAGAGAGGGAGAAAAAGAAGAGAGAUGAAAGGGCAGAAUCACAGAAGGCAAACGAGGCCAUAACAAAAUGUGUUGGAGAAUACCAAUAUGUACGCCAGUAAUUCAACACGUGUAGCACUCCCACAGUGCUAAAUAAUCUGUUGUGAAGCUUCAGUACCGUUUUUGUUUCGCUUCGAGGUAGAGUGGGAGCCUCAAUGGUCUGGGCACCGUGUUUUAGCUUGUGGGCUUUCUUGUUUUAGUUUACUGUUUACUGUUUUUAAUAUGGUGAUUAAGAUACAUCCUGUCUCGCCAUGCUUAUAUGGAAACUUGCUUUGCUUUCGCCAAAUGUAAUUUUCUGUUCAUAAA